AUGACUGUCACCGGGACGGAGGCGGCAGGCCGCACAUUGCGGGGCUUCCUGCGGCUGCUUCCUGUCCUGUGGUGCUGGGUGGCCCCCGCAGGUUUUUUCAUAUUGAAGAUGGAAGGGAAGAAUCAAACUGUGUUGCUGAAUGACAAUGUUACCAUCUCUUGCAAGGUCCCUGGUUCCACACCCCUGAACACCAACAUUAUGGGUGUUAUCUGGUAUCGGAAGCACCAGGCGCAUGAAACAGAGCACGAGGUGUUUAAAAUGUAUGGAAAACAUCAAAAGGCGUUCCGACCCGGAGCCAGCGUGUCUCGAGCGGGGCUAGAGAAGGGGGACGUCUCACUGCACCUUCCUGGAGUCCAGCUGAGGGACGCAGGAGAGUACCGAUGUAAGGUGGUGGUCACCCCUGAGCAGGCCCAGGAAACAGUCUUUCUAAAUGUUUUGGCUUCCCCAGAGUGCACCUUGUUUCCAGAGCAAGCCAUGGUGAAAGAUGAUGGCAACAAAUAUAUUUUGUGUAAGGCUCGUGGGUUCUACCCAGAGAACAUUAUCAUAACAUGGUAUACGUGGACCCAGGAGAAUCCCCAGGGCCAGGAGAUUUCUGAAGGUAUCACCACUGGUCCAGCCAUCAAGAAUGAAGACGGCACAUUUAACAUCACCAGCCGUUUGAGGCUGGAACACAUUGUGACCACCUGCCAAUGUGUGAUAAGACACAUAUCCUUGCUCACCUCCUGCAGAUUGAACUUCACCCAGUUUCAGAGAGAAAGCUGCUUCUCAGAAGAUUCAAACUACUACCACAAGAAGAGCCUGAAGAAUUGAAAGUCGGUGCUUUCACUGAGGUGCAUUCAUGAUGUCUUCAGUUGGGGCAGCACUGGAAAAUCGGCAGUUCUUACACAGACAGAUAACAGAAACCACAUGCUUUCUCAGAGAACGUACAUUAGAUCAGCAACAGUUUUUCACAGAGGAAGAACUGAAAGAAUAUGAAAAUAUGAUCUCCUUACAAGAAAAUGAACUUAAGAAGAAAGCAGAUGAGCUUCAGAAACAAAAGGAAGAACUACAGCGUCAGCAUGACCAACUCGAGGCUCAGAAGCUGGAAUAUCAUCAGGUCGUACAGCAGAUGGAACAAAAAAAAAUCAUAACAAGAAAUUUCUCCAUCAGGGCCUGGUGGAGAAUUGAAGUUUGAGCCACGUAUGUAAUUUUAUUUGCUUAUUUGUUUAAGGAAAUAAAUUGAAAUCCA